AUGAAGUACUCAGCUGUUGCUCUUCUCGCCCUCGCCCAGGGCAUUGUUGCUAUCCCAUCCCUGCUUGGGCAGAUUAAGCAGAGCCAGUCCAAGGUUCUGGUGCCUGAUCAGGAUAUAUCUCUUUCUAUCAAGCUUUCGCAGGUACCUAUGCACAGGGACAAGCCCCAAACUAAGCAGCAUGAUAUCUGCUGGCUUCUUUGUGCUUCUGAGGAGAUUGAGUGCCCAGAUAAGGCGAUUGCUGGACUUGCUGCCGCAAUUCUUAAACGCUAUGCCGAGCAGUCUUGA